GUGAGUAUGACAGUUGGUGGUCUGUUCAUCGGAAUUUUCGUUGAGUUUUUUUUUGACAUUUCGUUCACGUUCUUUGGAUAUUUCAGUUUCGAACAAAACAACAUAGAAUUUUUUUUGUAACACUAAGACCAGAAAAAAUUUGACCAGAAAAAAGUAUAAAAUGAGCCGAACAUUUGCAACAGUGGAAAUGAGUGUUACUCAGAAUGGUAGGCCAAUAAAAAAAUUCACAGAAGAUGUGACAGUCGACGAAAAGGAUGUUACUGGAUUAUUGAACGCGCUACAAAAGACAAAAGAUUCGUCCAAUGAAUUCCUAACCACAUUGGUAGAAGAAGAUAAACAAAACAAUAAACCCGGAGGCGUAGUAAUUUCACACAGCAAACGAAAGCAUAUGGACGACGAUGAAGACGAAACCAAACGACAGAUUACUGGCGGUGAUGUGGAUGAUGAUGACUAAGAAUAGAUUUUGAUCUUUAUAAUAAAACAGACACAGAUAGGAUUUAAAAGUUUCAUAAAAAUGAUCAAAAUAAAAUAUUCAUGCACGAUAAUUAAAAAAAAAAACAGUUUUGUAUUUCGUGGUUAAGUAAAGCAUAUCUUCAUGUUUCGUUCAGUUUGAACGAUAAAAAAUGAACUGAACAUAACAUUCCAGCGUGAGAAAUGUCACACAUGUAUAGACGGCGGUGUAUAAAGACUGGAAAUUGUUUACAAUCGUUCUAGUGACAACGAUGAAAGCGUCUCAUUUGUUGGCGUAUACGCCGCAUUCCAUAAUACACAUUCCGCUAAAAUUUAAUAUGAAAAACGUUUUUUACGCUUACUUGUUAUUUGCUAAAGUGAUUUUAUCGAAAGAAAAUGAUUGUACAGACACUAAUACCUGCACGCUUACGCGUGAAAAUGGAGAUUCACAUAAAAAUGUGAAUAUGUACAGUAGAGAAUCGAAUGAGUAUAUAACGAAAAUCAAUAAAGCAAUCGCCGAUUAUCAGCCUUGUGUUGAGAAAAAUUGUGGGUGUCAUGCGGGGACUAUAACCAAAGCAUUACAACCAUUUAAAAAUGGUAUUACAAAAAAGAUGAUUGACACGGUGCGACAGUAUGGGACAAAGUAUCAAAUUAUUGACAAGAAAAUUUAUCGUGAUCCAAGCUGUUUGUUUCCAUCACGGUGUGCUGGCAUUGAGUACUUUUUAAAGGAAAACAUUCAAAAAAUUCCGGACCUUGAGAUGAUUGUGAAUUGUCGUGAUUGGCCACAAAUAAACACGCAUCAUCAUAACUUCGGUCCAGUAUUUUCAUUUAGCCGUACGGAUGACUAUUUGGACAUCAUGUAUCCGGCAUGGAGUUUUUGGGCUGGCGGACCCGCCAUUUCACUCUAUCCAACCGGUCUUGGAAGAUGGGACCAACAUCGAAAAUCAAUAAAUGAUGCGUCACAUGUAUGGCCAUGGUCCGAAAAGAAAUCGCAGGGUUUUUUCCGGGGAUCACGAACUUCAUCAGAACGUGACCCACUCGUUUUACUUUCAAGGGAAGAUCCAGAUCUCGUUGAUGCUCAAUACACAAAAAAUCAAGCAUGGAAAUCACCGAAAGACACUCUAAACGCUGAACCGGCCAAGGAAAUUUCGCUAGAAGAUCAUUGUCAAUAUAAAUAUCUCUUUAAUUUUCGUGGUGUGGCGGCUAGUUUUCGUUUUAAGCAUUUGUUCCUAUGUAAAUCACUUGUAUUUCACGUUGGCGAUGAGUGGCAAGAAUUUUUUUAUGACUCAUUAAAGCCAUGGGUGCAUUUCAUUCCCGUCGCUAAGAAUCCAAGUACUGAUGAAUUGCGAAAACUAUUAAAUUUUUUCAAGGAACACGAUCAUUUGGCCAAAGAAAUUGCCGAACGGGGCCAAAACCAUAUUUGGGAGCAUCUUAAAAUGAAAGAUGUUCAUUGCUACUGGCGAAAGUUACUACGUAAAUACGCUAAAUUACUUAAAUUCGAAGUAAAACUUGAUCCGAAUCUCAUUCAAGUGUAACAAAAUGAAGAAUCUCAUGAAAAUGUAGAGAUGUUGGCAUUUAUUAAAGUUCACAUUGUAUUUUUAUACAAAAAUUGUAAGAAGACAGCUAUUAAUUAUUAAACAUUUUUUUCUAACACAA